AUGACCACGUCCGGGUUCGACCGCGCGUUCGACGAGUACCGACGCGUGAUCGCCGACGUCGCGGACGCGACCGCGACCGCGGGACCGUCGUCGUCGUCGUCCGCGCGCGCGUCCGCGGUCCCGCGCGCCGCGAGGGCGAGCGCGAGGUGUCGGGGACGCCGAGAUCCGCUCGAUCCCCGAGACGAGCUCCUCGCCAAGCGCAUCGCGCGCAGCUUCAAGCGCUUCGACGCCGGGGACAAAGGCUGGCUCGACGCGCACGACCUGAAGUGCGCGUUCGCGUCGCUCGUCGGAUGCAAGCCCUCGAAGGAGGAGCUCCGCGCGAUGACGUCGUCGUGCCCGCGCGGGGAGGUCGACCUGUUCCGCUUCUCGCCGUACAUGCUCGACAGACUCUCAUCAAGCCGCGCGGCGACGACGGGGGAGCGCGACGAAGGCGAGGACGAAGACGAGGACGCGAAGGCGCGCCGCGAAGACGCGAGGCGGACGAUCCGCGCGCGCGCGGUGUUCGACGCGUUCGACGCGAGGAGGGUCGGGCACUUGACGUUGGAGGACGCCGUCGCCGCGUUCGCGACGGCGGCGCCGGCGACGCCGUGCGGCGUCGUCGCGGACGUCUUCCGCGAAGCCGACGUGGACGACGACGGGAAGGUGACGUUCGAGGAGUUUAAGGGCGUGUUUUUAGGCGGCGGCGGCGGCGCGGUGUUUGUGGGGUGCUGA